AGGUCAAGGAGGAGCCAUCGAUGGCGGUUCCGAGUUCUAACCUCUGAGAGCUGAGAACUAUAUAAAGGUAAAGCCAAGCGAACGCUUCGAUCCAUAUUUGAAAAUCUAUCGUACGGAAUCUAAGAAUGGCUUCUUCAUCGUCAGAUCCCAUGGACGAUGACAGCUUCAGAGCGCGAGUUCACAAGGUUUUCGGCUCGCUAUCGUCGUCGCCGUCGUCAAUGUCGCCGGCGCUGAAGCCGCUGUGGUCGCUCACUGACGAAGAGGUUGAGAAGCGAGAGUGGAAUCGAAGCCAAGGCAAAGACGACGACCAGACCAUCUGUUCCUCGUCGUUCGAUGGGAUGUUCAAACGAAAUCGCCGCGACGCUCGUCCAAAAGGGCUUGGCGAUGACCUCGAAGAUCUCAGUGGCGAUGAAGACGGUAACAGGAAAGGGCUCGAUGACGACCUCGAAGACGGUGACAGUAGGGAUGUUCGGGAAAUCAGAUCCUCCAUUGGUUUGGACUCAACGCUUGAUAACGAGGAAGAAGAAGAUGAAUAUGACAGGUUGGCUGAGGGGAAGGGGAAGGCGAGGAACUGCUUCCGUAAAGAUCCUCGUGCAGAUCAAAUCGCUGCACAAGUUAGACUGAAGGAAGAUGCUGCAGAGGCGGCAAAAUAUGAACCCAAUUUUUCUAACACUGAGGUGAGUGGUGAGAAGCAUGAGGAGAGUAAAGCGACAUCUGAUGAUUGUUCUAAGUUGAAACCGAUAUUGAAAAGGAAAGGUAUGGGCGAGUUGAGGUCCAAAAAGCGAGUUAGAUUUGAUCCUAGCUUUGUGGAUGAAUCUGAAGAUGCUCCAGAAAGAGCCCCUGUAUUUUCUGAUGCUUCUUCAACCGAGGACACCAAGGCACGAGAUUGUGACUCCUUGUUUGAUGAAAACAAACCUAAGGUUCCUGAUCAUCUUAUCAAUCCUUCAAAAUACACCCGCUACAGUUUAGAGUCAUGUGGUGAGGUUGAUGACGAGUCCAAUAGUCUAGUGUGUAGGUAUGUACUUGAGGAGGUGAAAAAGUGGAAGAACAAUCUGCAGACUGAGGAACCAUCUAAUACCCUUCCUAAAUCUGUAAGUUUUGUCCCUAAGAAGAAGACUAACAGUGCCAUAGUAAUGGAGGAUGCCAGCGAAGAUGCUUCUAAAGAAAUCCCGAAUCAACAGAGCAUUCCAGUAGGCAUUGCUGCUUGGGAGGCACAGAGAGGUGACAGUGCACCAGAAGAAGAUGAUAUGCAAAUGGAUACAUCCGAAGAUACUGGUAUUUGUAAACCAGAUCGCCACUACCGAAGCAAGUCAAGGGUGGAAGAUCCUGUUACUUGAACUUCUUAAUGGGUUCUUACAAUGUCAAGUGGUUUGCAAAAGAAUGUAGAGUGUGUACUUUCAACUCAAAAAUGUCUCAAAUCUUGGCUAUCUUUAUUUCCUUUUUCUUUUUGUCUGCACUUGUGUUUACCUUGUGUUAAUAUUAGCAUCACAAUACAAGGUUUUUAUAUGAUAUAUCAUAUGUA